GCGGAGUUCUAUGUGACUAAGGAUGAGAAGGCUGCGCUGGCCGCUGAACUAGCGGCCAUGACAGACCCAAUGGAACGAAGAGAGAGGGAAGACGAGCAAAAGUUAGCAUGGAAGUUGAGAAUGAAGAGGGACAAGAAGAGGAGGAGAGAGGAAGUGAAUAAGAUGACCGCCGCAGUGGCAAAGGUGUAGGAGUGUAGAGCGGAGAUGCUGGCCCAGCCAGAUGAUAAGGCCAAGUGGGACAAGGUACUGGGCUAUCUAGAGGUGUUGAGCAAGGCCUGGAUGGAAGAGCGCCAGGCAAGUUGGAGCCAAGAUGUAGCCUUGAGUGCCAUGCGGUCAGGGUUUAGAGACUUUGCGCGCGAGAUCAUCACCCAUAUUGGGGGCGAAGUCAAACAGUUGAGAGACAAUGUCGGGAAGUUUUGUGAGGGCGCCAUUCAGGGUGCCAAAGCUGUAGCAGCCGCAGAGGGAGAGGCCAGGCCCCGUAAGGACCCAGUGAAGCUUAAGUUUYCGGAUGCGUACGGGGGAAAGAAGGAAGAAAACUUUGACAAUUGGGAAGCCAGUGUCAAUAGGUAUAUUUACUUGCAACAUAUCUUGGCCGAGGAACAAGUCCUUGUGGCCUUCCAGGCCCUCAAAGAUGAAGCGGCUAGCUUCGCCAGGUCUCUUGCGCGUACAGCCGGUUGUGAAAACAACCUGGUUGCAUAUUCCAAAGUCGCUCCUCUUUCCCAAGUCCUCAAGCUCCUCAAGGAGCGGUUCACUGACCCAACGCGAGGCAUUAGAGCCUCUGAUAAGCUCCAAACGAUCCACUCCCGACAGUGGAGGACUGCCAAGGCACUCAAGGGUACCAUGGACGACUUGGUAGCUGUCGCGGACCACGGGGUCACCGAGCCCCAGUUGGUCCAGUUGUUUUAUCGUGCCAUCCCAGAGGCCCUACGCGGGCAUUUCUUCGACAAGUCUCAGCAGGCCGGCAUGACUUACGAUGUAUUGAGUAGAGAAGUCGUCCUGUAUGAGUCGAAGUCUAUGCCAGUUACAACUUUUUGGCAUAAGGACCUGGAGAAGGGGAAGAAGUCGAAAGAUCGUACCAUCUCGGGCCAAGUCAAGGCCAAGGGUCACUUGAUCCUGACAUUAGAGGAGGGUGGUACAGAAGAGGUCCCAUAUGAUCAGAUUGAGUGGGGCCUAGGGGAGGAGUACAGUUGUGUAGGGCAGGGGAGGUAUUCCAUGAUCAGCCAACUUGAGGAGGAAGUUCAGGGAGAGGACUGGGGAGGAACAGAUCGGGAGGAGGAGGUUGCUGUGCCACGAUCACGUUGGAAAGGUGGUGGUCAAAAGGACGGACGAAAAGUGAGGAGGACGGCGAAGAAGAGGUCCGCGUGCCAAGUGUCUGAUCGUGGUCACCAUAGAAGUAGAAAGGGACUGACGAAAAGUGAGGAGGUGGACGAAAAGGAGGAAGCGGAAGGAGAAAUAAGCAAUGUGGGGAGGGUUUCACAAUGUGACUUGGCAGGCACGUUGACAUCGGAGGAUGAGGAGCAAAAGAGGAGGAUGCAGGAAGCGUUGACCUAAGAUGGGGAAAAAAAAGAAAAAAGGGUGCACCAAGAGGAGGAAUGGGAAGGAGAAAUAAGCAACGCGAGUGGGUUUCAUCAUGUGACUUUGCAGGCUAGGUACGAAAAGGAGGAUGUGCAUGGGCGACGUGCUCCGUUGACUUGCAUUGGUGCUGGCAACAUAAAUCUGAGCUAUGUGGGUGAGCUUGAUGCUAUGUGUGUUGUGAGCUUGGUGCUAUGCUAAUCGAGAAUUUCAUGGCUUACUGCAACGUGAGCUUGAGGCAUUGCUACUUUUGUGUAACGCGGACGACUGGGAUAAAUCAUGGUCGAAGGC